AUGGUUAGGGCCAGGUGGCAGUGGGUGUUGACUCUCCUCUCCAUCUACCUGGCCCUUGCCAUCUCCCUCAUUGCUAUGGGCAGCAGCCACUGGUAUGAGGGAACCCAGAGGAUGACACUACCACUGUGCCAGGACCCUUUGUGGGGGUUGAACUGCAUUCACUUCGGGAGAACCAGCAGCAGCAGUGGCAGAAGACGUGAUGACCAGGCUGUCCAGUACAUCUGGGAGACAGGGGAUGACAAAUUCAUCCAACGAAUGUUCCAUGCAGGGCUCUGGGAGUCCUGUGAGGAAAUCCUCAGCAGCACAGGUGAACAAUGUAGAAGUUUCUCGAGGCUAGUGCCAGCUGAGGAUCAAGGUGUCCUGUGGCUCUCCAUUGGAGCUGAGGUUUUGGAAAUCUUUCUGAUACUGACAGUUGCCCUACUCCUGGGCUCCAGAGUGAGUUGUUACAGCUCUGGGUGCAACUGGCAAACGGUGGAUGCCUCAGUGGCCAUCCUUAUGGCGCUUGCAGGGCUCCUAGACAUGGUGGCCCACAUGAUGUAUACAACUAUUUUUCAAAUCACCGUGAACCUGGGACCAGAAGAUUGGCGGCCUCAGACAUGGGAAUUUGGCUGGUCCCAUUGCCUUGCCUGGGGAUUCUUUGCCCUCUGCAUGGCUGUGUCUGUCGCCACCAUGAGCAGAUACACCAUAGCCCACACAGAAUGUUUAGAGAAGACCAGGACACAGAAAGGCAGUUGUCACCCACAGCACAACACCUCACAGCCUGAGGCUUCACAGCGUGUUUGGCAAACAGGAGCUGCUCCCAGCCCUGCUGGACUUGUCCUCACGAAGGUUUUUGGGCACCUACCCUCAGGUGUCACAGGCAAGGUGUCUGUGUGCUAG